ACUUCUUCCAACAACACCACCUGGUUGUUUCUCCCAGCAAUUCUGGGCGCAACUCCAACACAAAAUGCUGUCGUCCUCAUUACGCCGGGCGACAUGGGCACCCAUUGUACCCAUCUCCGGCAUUGCCCGCACAGCAGCCGGCGUAGCCGGUGCAGCGGCCGGUGCUAGCGCUGCUGCGAGCACCACCUCGAACAACACAAGCAGCGGAUUGAUGCCGCAGUACGUCCGUCAGCGUCGGUAUUCGUCUUCGUCGUCGAAUCCUAGUGAUGGGUUUGAUGCGUCGGCUCCGUCGUCGUCGGGGCAGACGCCUGCGAAGGGUGUGAAUGGUGGUGCUGGGGAGAGUAAGCGGGAGGGGAGGAGAAGUCGGAGAGCGGGGAAGGAACAGCGGUCUGCUCAGCAGCAGCAGCAUGAUGCGGCGUUUUCGAAGUUGCCGAGUGUGCCGUCGACGCAGUAUCAGCAGCCGCAUGAUGUGCAUGUAGCGUCGUUCUUCUCGAUCCACCGUCCCAUCUCCGUCUCUGCGACCGUGCCCCCGUCCUCGAACCAAGAGGCGUUCGACGCGAUCUUUUCCUCGAAGAAAUCGGCCAAGGCCGAGCAGGAGGAUGUGAUGCUCACGCUGUCUUCCGCCGUCCAAUCGAUGGAGAACACCGCGGGCGAGCACGACGACCUCGGCAGACAACUCGAAGUGGACGUGCAGCCGUACGACUCCAUGAACAUGUCCGACGUCAAGCUCUCCGUCGACGAACUCGCCAAGCGCCUCCGCCCAUUCCACCCUCCUCCGCCGCCAAUGCCCUUCGACGAGGCCAAGGAAGCCGCCAAUGCGCGCCAAUCGGAACCCUCCCCCCAGGAGAACUCAUACUCGACCGUCCUGACCAUCCACGAGUCCACGGACGCCACCGGCCGCAAGACAUACGAGGCUCACACCACCCCGUUCGUCCGAGACGCCCCCGGCGCCACGGAGUACGAGGAAUUCAUCGACGUUCCUGAGAAGAAGGGAACCACCUAUAUCGAGCGUCUGCGCAACAACCGCACGAUGCACGCCAUCAGUACCAAGAGACGGCGAAAGGCCAAGAUGAAGAAGCACAAGUACAAGAAGCUCCUGCGCAACACAAGAACCCUGAGACGGAAGCUUGAUAAGGCUUAAGCUUCUCGUUUCUCUUCGUUUUCCUCUUUGUACCUUAUACAUCUGUUUUCCUCGUCUUUUCCUAUUUAACGUCUCUCGGAUGUUUCGUUGACAUCUAGAUAUCCCAUGGUGGUACGAAAUCACAAUUGUUGACUAUUUUUUUUUUUUU